AUGGCAACAAUAUCUCAAUUCUUGAUCAGUAUUUUCAACUCAACCAUCAUUUUCUUCUCAACUCUCUUCCUCGAAUUCGCGGUUUUCGCAUACGAAACGGCCAAGACCUCCGUUCGGAGAAAGUCAACAACCGUUGACCAAUUACUUGAAAUCGUCGGUCAAUGCUUGCCAGAGCACAAAGUCGAGCUCGGGUUUGAGGUUUAUGAUGAGGAGUGUCGAGUGUGCCUAUCGUGCUUCCAAGAAGGGGACAAGGUUCGGGAUUUGAAGUGCGGCCACACGUUUCACAAGGAAUGCAUUGACACGUGGCUACAACGAGAAUCCGCCACGUGUCCAUUGUGUCGUGGGGCAGUCUUACCGCCGGAGAUGGUGGCCGGCCGCCUGAACCACUGCCGGAAUCUUGAGUAUGAUGAUGAUGGUGAUGAGGAGGUAAUGGUGUUGUAUGCAUUACAUGGGAAUUUUUUCAGAUUUUUUUUCUGA